UUUAGUAAAGUAUAUUAAAGAUACAUUUGAAAAUUCCAAACUCUCACUGUCUCUAACCCUUUCAAUGACCAAUCCUGUCCCCUACUUUUCCUCUAAUUCCUAAUGAUUUUGAAGGAAACUAUUAAUAUUUUGGCAAGCACACUUUGCAAGUAUACAAAUUCAUAACAUGGCAACAUUUUGUGUCGUCAUUUUUCCAUGUGACAACACUGUUGAUAUCGUUCGGGAGUCUUGGCUUUGUGGGCUCAAUGAUGACUUUGAGGAAUUGUGCAAAUUCCCCCCUGUAAAAGGGGAUAGGAAGAAACUCCAAAAUCUGCUGCUCCAGCAGGAGGAACCUCAUCCAUCGUGGCAAGAAUAUGUGAUAGUUGCCAAGCGAACUGGUAUCGAGUCAUACUCAGAGGCAGUCCGCUUACUAAAAAUAAUACAAGAGGACGAAGAUGGAGUUACUACAGACCCCGAGCAACUCGGCCGUGGUUGGCGGAGCCCCAAACGGAAACGAAUUAUCUCUUCAUCGGAAGAAGAUAAUCCACAGGUCAAAAAAGCUAAAUUAAAAAUAGGCGGAGGAAGAAAAAAGUCAAGGGAAGUGCGCAGUAACGCGCAAAACCUAUGUACAUCAAGUUUACAGGAUUUUAAAAUCCCCCAUUGUAAAUCUUUUAGAAUUCCAUCGCCAACUUUAAGCUCAAGUAUUAAACAAAGUAAUUCCAAAGCUGGAAACCCAACAUAUGCCACAUCAACCCAAAAACCAUUUUUGUCACCUCUGAUGGACAUCAGCAACAUUUACCCAACCCUAAAUCUUACUGAUCAAGCAGAAAAAAACAAAGAAACUGGUCCUCUGAAAAACAGUGUGCCUCAAAAUCGACUUAAUCCAAGGCCUUUGCCGGUCAGAAGCACCAAAGAAAGUCAUUCUUCGAAGAACACUGCUCCUCAGAAUCAAAAGCCCUCAAAUCAAAGGCCUGCAGUGGCAAAAAUCGAUGGCAAUCAAUCUCGGCCAAAAAAUGUUCCUCAAAAUGGAAAUUCUGUGAACCAACGGCCCACGGUAGGAAAAAUUGUUUCUCAGAAUCGAAAUCUUAUUAACCAACGGCCCACAACAGGAAACGUCACAGUUGGAAAUCGAUCUCGGAUAAACAGUAUUCCUCAGAAUAGAAAUCCUCCGAAUCAACGACCAGCAGCAGCAAACAUUAACAGAAAUGUACCUGGGAUAAAGAAUGUUUCUCAGAUUCUCCCAGAUAUCAGAAAUAAUCUAAAUCGUCAACCUGCGGCAGGAAACAUCAACAGAAAUACAUCUCGGACUAAUACUGUUCCUAACCAGCACACUGAUGUUACAAUAAUGUUGCUUCGUGUAGAAGGUAAACUUGAUCUGGUUCUACAAAAAGUCGAUCUGGGCAAUGAAUUUUCUCAAAGGUGUAGCAAAAAAGCAACUGCUGUUAAAUUGGCUGUCGAUGGAAACGCCGAAAUUUUAAAGAAUCUGGAAGUUCAGAUGGCCAAUAUGGCAAUCGCAAAAGUAUGUGCACAAACAGAUGAAAUAAAACAACGGUUUCCUUUGAAAUCAGUCGAGGAUUUGGAACUUUUGGAAGAUGAUCUCUCGGACCCCAAUUUCCGCAAAAACUUGGUAUCGUACUUCAGCAGGAAAAAUGUCAAAACCGUUGGGGAUUCCGUGAGGAAAAUGGUCAAAGAGAUGAUAACUGAUCGUCUAGCAUCUCAAUUCUCCAUGACAGGGCAAAAAGGAGGCAAGUUACCCCUAAACAAGUAUGGGAUGUUUAUUACUGCUUUUCAAGAUGCAGUCAGAGUCACUCAUGAUUUGCCUGACGAAGCAAUAAUGACUCCACUGAAAGUAUGGCUGGUGAAGGCGAAACAUCGAUUGAGCGAAGAGAGCGAUGAUGAAAUUGAGGACCAGGAUGGAAGUCAAGGCGAAUUCGACGGGCAUGAAAAUGAGGACCAGGAUGGAAGUCAAGGCGAAUUCGACGGGCAUGAAAAUGAGGACCAGGAUGGAAGUCAAGGCGAAUUCGACAGGCAUGAAAAUGAGGACCAGGAUGGAAGUCAUGGCGAAUUCGACAGGCAUGCAAAUGAGAACCAAGUUGGGAAUCAAGCCAAUUUUGACAGACAUGAAAAUCAGGAGGAAUUUGACAGACAUAACGAGAGCACUGGGAACCAAAAUGAAAGAGAUUAUGCGGAGAGGGAAAAUGAAGUUCUGGAUGAUCUAUGGAAAAACUUCUGCGAUAAGUAUGAUAACGAAGGUCAACGCAUAGGAAGCGAUGAUGAAACUUGCGAUGAUGAAACUUACUUCUCCGAAUGACUUUUUGUUUCCUCAUCACAUUAUUGAAUUUUUAAGUUUGUUUUUGUUCUUUCCUCUUUUAAUUUUUGGUGCAAUUAAGGUGCAAAAGAUAGUUUAUGCAUUUCAAUGUUACCUUUUUUGGUACUUUAGUGGUUUAAUAUUUCUUCCUAUUACUUAUUAAUCGUUCCUUUAUUUUGAGAAUCAAGUCUUUACAAUAAUGUUGAAGGGUCAACCAAAUUUUUUAUUCUUUUUUCCUUAUUUUUCAGGAUCCUAAGAUUAUGGAUCAGUAUUAUUUUUGUGUUCUUAUGGUUUUGUUCAGUAAUUUUCAAUUCUUUCAUUAUAUGAAAGCACAAGUCGUGCUCCCACCAGACAUAAUGGGAUGUGUCGACAACAUGGUUGAUUGUAGUCAAAUAUGAUACAUAUAUGCUUGCUUUAACGGCCAACUUCCUGUUUUUUCUUAAAUUGAAGUGCAAGGGUGCCAUAUUUGUUCACCAGUGUUAUGUUUUGCAUUUAAAUUUUUAUUAUUAUUAUUACUAUUAUAAUUUGUAUUUUUCUUUUCUUAUGUUUUGGAAGGAAAGUAAGUCCUUCCAGAGAUCCAUUUCAAUCGCAAUUUUUGUUCUUUCUUACAUAUUUUUUACUUAAGAUGCUUCAUACUUUUUUGGUUCAAUGUCAGUCCAUUAAUGGGGCUUUUGGGAGCAAGAGCUGCAUUGAUCUUAAGCACUAAUUUUUUCAUGUUUUUGCCUUAAAAUAAUGAUGAACACAGUGGAAACUUUCAAUAAUUUGUUUCUUUAUACUUAUACACAGAACACGCUUUACCAUCUCAAUGCUACAAUAUGCAGGAAUGGUAUUUCAUGGUUUCAGGAGUAAAUUUUGAAAUUGUUUAUGAUGUCCAUGGUUAUGUUUCAGUGAAAAUUCCUCAGAAUCAAUUUGCUUUAAAUAACUCCACUUUUAGUUACAACCGCUCAAUUCCCCUUCAAUUCUUCCAUAGCAGAACCAUCGAUUUUUAUCUAAGAAUAGGUUAUACAUUUCAAACACAAAAUAAUCGUGAAUUUCUCACGCAACAUCCUCUUUGUACUUAUUUUUCUUAUUUUUAAAUAAAGUGUAACUUCAGUUUUUGCUCAGA